GCGCCGGCUGAGCCGCGGCGCGGGAGUGCUCGGCUUAGCGGCGCUCGCACCGGGAGAGCGCCUCGGGAUCGCUUUGUGGCCGGCCGUGCCCCUGCCAGCCCCGAGUGCCCCGGCCGGAGCGCAGAGGAGGGGGCGCGCCCGCCAGCCUCCCGCCGCCCUCCCCCAGCCCGGGGAAGAAUGUGCCACCAGCUGUUCCCCGCUCGCGAGCGCUGCGCGCAGGAGUGAGGGAACUUGGAGGAAGGAGAGACAAAGGCUGCAGUUGGGACGGAUGAGUUAGAGACUGGGGUUUGGGCAAACAAAAGGUGAGAAGGAGGAGGAGGCAUCGGGCGAUGGCAGCGGGGCGGCCCCGCGGGCUCGCGUUCCCGGGGCCCGCGCCGUGACACGCGUGGUUCCCCGGACCUGGCGCCGCGCUGCCUCCCGCGAGCUGGGAGCCGGACCAGCGAGUUGCGGGGGCUCCGGAACAAUGGACAACUUCUUCCCCGAGGGAACACGGGUCUGGCUGAGAGAAAAUGGCCAGCAUUUUCCAAGUACUGUAAAUUCCUGUGCAGAAGGCGUCGUCGUCUUCCGGACGGACUAUGGUCAGGUAUUCACUUACAAGCAGAGCACGAUUACCCACCAGAAGGUGACUGCCAUGCACGCCACAGACGAGGAGGGCGUGGACAACAUGGCCUCCCUGACAGAGCUGCAUGGUGGCUCCAUCAUGUAUAACUUAUUCCAGAGAUACAAGAGAAAUCAAAUCUAUACCUACAUCGGCUCCAUCAUCGCCUCGGUGAACCCCUACCAGCCCAUCGCGGGGCUGUACGAGCGCGCCACCAUGGAGCGCUACAGCCGGCGCCACCUGGGCGAGCUGCCCCCGCACAUCUUCGCCGUGGCCAACGAGUGCUACCGCUGCCUGUGGAAGCGCCACGACAACCAGUGCGUCCUCAUCAGUGGUGAAAGUGGGGCAGGCAAAACCGAAAGCACUAAACUGAUCCUCAAGUUUCUCUCGGUCAUCAGUCAACAGUCUUUGGAAUUGUCCCUAAAGGAGAAGACGUCCUGUGUUGAACAAGCUAUUCUUGAGAGCAGCCCCGUCAUGGAAGCCUUCGGCAACGCGAAGACGGUGUACAACAACAACUCCAGUCGCUUCGGGAAGUUCGUUCAGCUGAACAUCUGUCAGAAGGGAAACAUCCAGGGCGGGAAGAUCGUAGAUUAUUUAUUAGAGAAAAACCGAGUAGUAAGACAAAAUCCUGGGGAAAGGAAUUAUCACAUAUUUUAUGCACUGCUGGCAGGGCUGAAACAUGAAGAGAAAGAAGAAUUUUAUUUAUCUGUGCCAGAAAACUACCACUACUUGAAUCAAUCUGGGUGUAUAGAAGACAAGACAAUCAGUGACCAGGAAUCCUUUAGGGAUGUUAUUACGGCAAUGGAAGUGAUGCAGUUCAGCAAGGAGGAGGUGCGGGAGGUUUUGAGGCUGCUGGCUGGCAUACUGCAUCUUGGGAACAUAGAAUUCAUCACUGCUGGAGGGGCACAGGUUUCCUUCAAAACAGCUUUGGGCAGGUCUGCGGAGUUACUCGGGCUGGACCCAGCGCGGCUCACAGAUGCUCUGACCCAGAGAUCGAUGUUCCUCAGGGGAGAAGAGAUCCUCACGCCCCUCAACAUUCAGCAGGCAGCAGACAGCAGAGACUCCUUGGCCAUGGCCCUGUACGCACGCUGCUUCGAGUGGGUGAUCAAGAAGAUCAACAGUCGGAUCAAAGGCAAAGAUGAUUUCAAGUCUAUCGGCAUCCUUGACAUCUUCGGAUUCGAGAACUUUGAGGUUAAUCACUUUGAACAGUUCAAUAUAAACUAUGCAAAUGAAAAACUUCAGGAAUACUUCAACAAGCAUAUUUUUUCAUUAGAACAACUAGAGUAUAGCCGGGAAGGAUUAGUGUGGGAAGAUAUUGACUGGAUAGACAAUGGAGAAUGCCUAGACUUGAUUGAGAAGAAACUUGGCCUCCUGGCCCUUAUCAAUGAAGAAAGCCACUUCCCUCAAGCCACAGACAGCACCUUAUUGGAGAAGCUACACAGUCAACAUGCUAAUAACCACUUUUAUGUGAAACCCAGAGUUGCAAUCAACAAUUUUGGAGUGAAACACUACGCUGGAGAGGUGCAGUAUGAUGUCCGAGGUAUCUUGGAAAAGAACAGAGAUACAUUUCGAGAUGACCUGCUCAACUUGCUAAGAGAAAGCCGAUUCGACUUCAUCUAUGACCUUUUUGAACACGUUUCAAGCCGCAACAACCAGGACACCUUGAAAUGUGGAAGCAAACAUCGGCGGCCCACGGUCAGCUCGCAGUUCAAGGACUCGCUGCAUUCCUUAAUGGCAACACUAAGCUCCUCUAAUCCUUUCUUUGUUCGCUGUAUCAAGCCAAACAUGCAGAAGAUGCCAGACCAGUUUGACCAGGCAGUCGUGCUAAACCAGCUGCGGUACUCAGGGAUGCUGGAGACCGUGAGAAUCCGCAAAGCUGGGUAUGCGGUCCGAAGACCCUUUCAGGAUUUUUACAAAAGGUAUAAAGUGCUGAUGCGGAACCUGGCCCUGCCCGAGGACGUCCGGGGGAAGUGCACGGCCCUGCUGCAGCUCUACGAUGCCUCCAACAGCGAGUGGCAGCUGGGGAAGACCAAGGUUCGAACCUUUUGUCUUCUUCGAGAAUCCUUGGAGCAGAAACUGAAACAGCGGGAGGAGGAGGUCACCCGCGCGAGCCUCAUUACCUCAGCAGCUAUUCUCGUUUUUUUUCUUUUCCUCUUCAGAAAGCAAUACCGAAAGGUCCUUUAUUGUGUGGUGAUCAUACAGAAGAAUUACAGAGCAUUCCUUCUGAGGAGGAGAUUUUUGCACCUGAAAAAAGCGGCCAUAGUUUUCCAGAAGCAACUCAGAGGUCAGAUUGGGCGCAGAGUUUACAGACAGCUGCUGGCAGAGAAACGAGAGCAGGAAGAAAAAAGGAGACGGGAGGAAGAAGAAAAAAAGAAACAGGAGGAAGAAAAAAGAGAAAGAGAGAGAUUGCAAAGAGAAGCGGAGCUCCGCGCCCAGCAGGAGGAAGCAGCCAGAAAGCAGCAAGAGCUGGAAGCCUUGCAGAGGAGGCGGAAGGAAGCGGAACUGACCCGCGAGCUGGAGAAGCAGAAGGAGAACAAGCAGGUGGAAGAGAUCCUGCGCCUGGAGAAGGAGAUCGAGGACCUGCAGCGCAUGAAGGAGCGGCAGGAGCUGUCGCUGACCGAGGCCUCCCUGCAGAAGCUGCAGCAGCUGCGGGACCAGGAGCUCCGCCGGCUGGAGGAGGACGCGUGCCGCGCCGCCCAGGAGUUCCUCGAGUCCCUCAACUUCGACGAGAUCGACGAGUGCGUGCGCAACAUCGAGCGCUCACUGUCGGUGGGCAGCGAGUUUUCGGGCGCGCUGGGCAAGCUGGCCGGCAGCGCGUGCGGGGACAAGCCCACCUUCAACUUCAGCCAGCCCUACCCGGAGGAGGAGGAGGUGGACGAGGGCUUCGAGGCCGACGACGACGCCUUCAAGGACUCCCCCAACCCCAGCGAGCACGGCCACUCGGACCAGCGCACCAGCGGCAUCCGGACCAGCGACGACUCGUCCGAGGAGGACCCGUACAUGAACGACACAGUGGUGGCCGCCAGCCCCAGCGCGGACGGCACGGUGCUCGCGGCCCCGGCGGCGCAUGACUCGGCCAGCCUGCACGACUCGUCCAGCGGCGGGGAGUCCACCUACUGCCUGCCCCAGGGCGCCGGCGACCUCCCCUCCCCCGACGGCGACUACGACUACGACCAGGACGACUACGAGGACGGCGCCAUCACCUCUGGCAGCAGCGUGACCUUCUCCAACUCCUACGGAAGCCAGUGGUCCCCUGACUACCGCUGCUCCGUGGGGACCUACAACAGUUCGGGCGCCUACCGGUUCAGCUCCGAGGGCGCGCAGUCCUCGUUUGAAGAUAGCGAAGAGGACUUUGAUUCGAGGUUUGAUACGGACGAUGAGCUUUCUUACCGGCGCGACUCUGUGUACAGCUGUGUCACGCUGCCGUACUUCCACAGCUUUCUGUACAUGAAAGGUGGCCUGAUGAACUCCUGGAAGCGCCGCUGGUGCGUCCUCAAGGACGAAACCUUCUUGUGGUUCCGCUCCAAGCAAGAGGCCCUCAAGCAAGGGUGGCUUCACAAAAAAGGCGGCGGCUCCUCCACGCUGUCCAGGAGAAACUGGAAGAGGCGCUGGUUUGUCCUCCGCCAGUCCAAGCUGAUGUACUUUGAGAACGACAGCGAGGAGAAGCUCAAGGGCACCUUAGAAGUUCGGACGGCCAAAGAGAUCAUAGACAACACCAGCAAGGAGAACGGGAUCGACAUCGUCAUGGCCGACAGGACCUUCCACCUGAUUGCGGAGUCUCCCGAAGAUGCCAGCCAGUGGUUCAGCGUGCUGAGUCAGGUCCACGCGUCCACGGACCAGGAGAUCCGGGAGAUGCACGACGAGCAGGCAAACCCCCAGAAUGCCGUGGGUACUUUGGACGUGGGGCUAAUUGAUUCCGUGUGCGCCUCCGACAGCCCCGACAGACCCAAUUCGUUCGUGAUCAUCACGGCCAACCGGGUGCUACACUGCAACGCGGACACGCCGGAGGAGAUGCACCACUGGAUCACGCUGCUGCAGAGGUCCAAGGGGGACACCAGGGUGGAGGGCCAGGAGUUUAUAGUGAGAGGAUGGUUGCACAAAGAAGUAAAGAACAGUCCAAAGAUGUCUUCCCUGAAACUGAAGAAACGGUGGUUUGUACUAACCCACAAUUCCCUGGAUUACUACAAGAGCUCAGAAAAGAACGCCCUGAAACUCGGCACCCUGGUCCUGAACAGCCUCUGCUCGGUCGUCCCCCCGGACGAGAAGAUAUUCAAAGAGACAGGUUAUUGGAACGUCACCGUGUACGGGCGCAAGCACUGCUACCGGCUCUACACCAAGCUGCUCAACGAGGCCACCAGGUGGUCCAGCGCCAUUCAAAAUGUGACCGACACCAAGGCUCCGAUCGACACCCCCACCCAGCAGCUGAUUCAAGACAUCAAGGAGAACUGCCUGAACUCGGACGUGGUGGAGCAGAUCUACAAGCGGAACCCCAUCCUCCGAUACACCCACCACCCGCUGCACUCCCCACUCCUGCCCCUGCCGUAUGGGGACAUCAACCUCAACUUGCUCAAAGACAAAGGCUACACAACCCUGCAGGAUGAAGCCAUCAAGAUAUUCAAUUCCCUCCAGCAGCUGGAGUCCAUGUCUGACCCUAUUCCAAUAAUCCAGGGCAUCCUACAGACGGGGCAUGACCUCCGACCUCUGCGAGAUGAGCUUUACUGCCAGCUCAUCAAACAGACCAACAAAGUGCCCCAUCCCGGCAGUGUGGGCAACCUGUACAGCUGGCAGAUCCUGACGUGCCUGAGCUGCACCUUUCUGCCAAGUCGGGGGAUUCUCAAGUAUCUCAAGUUUCACCUGAAAAGGAUACGGGAACAGUUUCCAGGAACCGAAAUGGAAAAAUAUGCCCUCUUCAUCUACGAAUCUCUCAAGAAAACCAAAUGCAGAGAGUUUGUGCCUUCCCGAGAUGAGAUAGAAGCUCUGAUCCACAGGCAGGAAAUGACAUCCACGGUGUAUUGCCAUGGCGGAGGCUCCUGCAAGAUCACCAUCAACUCCCACACCACGGCCGGGGAGGUGGUGGAGAAGCUGAUCCGGGGCCUCGCCAUGGAGGACAGCAGGAACAUGUUCGCCCUGUUUGAGUACAAUGGACACGUCGACAAGGCCAUUGAAAGCCGAACCAUUGUGGCUGAUGUUUUAGCAAAGUUUGAAAAGCUGGCGGCCACGUCAGAGGCGGGGGACCUGCCGUGGAAAUUCUACUUCAAACUCUACUGCUUCCUGGACACAGACAACGUGCCAAAAGACAGUGUAGAAUUCGCAUUUAUGUUUGAACAGGCCCACGAAGCUGUCAUCCACGGCCACCACCCGGCCCCUGAGGAGAACCUGCAGGUCCUCGCUGCCCUGCGGCUGCAGUACCUGCAGGGGGAUCACACCCCGCACGCCGCCAUGCCGCCUCUGGAGGACGUCUACUCCCUGCAGAGGCUCAAGGCCCGCGUCAGCCAGUCCACCAGAAGCUUCACGCCGUGCGAGCGGCUGGAGAAGAGGCGGACAAGCUUCCUGGAGGGGACCCUGCGGCGGAGCUUCCGGACGGGGUCGGCCGUGGGCCGGCAGAAGGCGGAGGAGGAGCAGAUGCUGGACAUGUGGAUUAAGGAGGAGGUCUCCUCUGCCCGAGCCAGUAUCGUCGACAAGUGGAAGAAAUUUCAGGGAAUGAACCAGGAAGAGGCCAUGGCCAAGUACAUGGCCUUGAUCAAGGAGUGGCCUGGCUACGGUUCGACGCUCUUCGAUGUGGAGUGCAAGGAAGGCGGCUUCCCCCAGGAACUCUGGCUGGGUGUCAGCGCGGACGCCGUCUCUGUCUACAAGCGUGGGGAGGGACGGCCGUUAGAAGUCUUCCAGUAUGAACACAUCCUGUCUUUCGGGGCGCCCCUGGCAAACACGUACAAGAUCGUGGUUGACGAGAGGGAGCUGCUCUUUGAAACCAGCGAGGUGGUGGACGUGGCCAAGCUCAUGAAGGCGUACAUCAGCAUGAUCGUGAAGAAGCGCUACAGCACCACGCGCUCCGCCAGCAGCCAGGGCAGCUCCAGGUGAAGGCAGGGGUGCGCCCAUGUGUCUUCGCUGUCUCAACGCGUCGCCCUCCGAUGGCUCUGCUGUGCCGCGCCCAGCCAGGGGCAGAGCUGCCCAGGCUUUCUGGCCAGGCCCCUGGUCGGAGGGAGGUGUCUCCCAGGGUCCUUUCGCCCUGCCAACUUCAGCGAUCCUGUAUUAAGCUGUCAACCUUAACAGUCUGCACAAUUUUCCAAAGCUUUACUACUCUCAUAGAUGACACAUGCCUUAAAAAAAGAAAGAGGGGGAGAACCACGCUGCCGCCAAAGCAGCCAGAAGUGCCUUAACUUGUGGAACCAAUACUAAUCCACCUUCGCUGUGCUACUGAAGGGACUGCUGCCCCCGCUUUGGGGGGACUUACAGAGCUUGGAAGGGGGGCGUUAUUCAUCUAUUAUGCACUAACCUCCCAGCCCGAUUUCCCUGAGUGUGAGGGAAGGUGAGGGAGUGGGGAGGGGGCCGAGAACACGAGGGGACAGUGUGUUUGAGUGGGAGUGCUGCUGGCAGCCUUCCUGGCGGACGUGUAUUGACAUUUUUCUUUGUUUCAUCUUUUAAGUGUACGUGCUUGCCUGUGCGUGCAUGUGUUCAUAAACUCAACACUUUAAUCAUGGUUUCAUGAGCAUUAAAAAGCAAAGGGAAAAAGGAUGUGCAAUGGUGUAAACAGUCUGUCUGUAUAUUUUUAAUAGCGCCAGAGUUAAGAGUCUCGGUUGUUACUUUAUAAGGUGGUUUUAUUAACAACCCGGAAUCCUGGAUUUUCCUGUCUUUGCUGUAUUUCGAAAAACAUAUUUUGACUCAUACUUUUGUUUUACAUGUAGCAAAGUCUGCGAUCUGUGUCUGCUGUAUGAUAAACAGAUAUGUGGCCUACAAUAUAAACUGUAUUUAUAAACCACUCUUCAACACCUGGCUCCAGUGCUGUUUUUAGACGAAUAAUGAAGUCAUGUUGGAGUCUUUCAUGUCUGAAAGAUUUAAGUUAAAAACAAAAAUGUUUCUUCGAAGGUUAGCUUGUAUCAUCACCCUGGAUGGGUUACAGAUAUAACCAUGUUGACUAUGGGGAAAGAUGCUUCAUUCCUGAAAGGUAUAACAUGCGAGCAAAUCUUUAAAGGACCCUGACAUUAAAUGCUGAGGCUUUAAUACAAUACACACAUAUUUUAUUCCAGGUUUAUAAUGGUGGUCUGAAUAAGACACCUGUAAAUAAGUCAGCAUUUAUGACCAGAAGAAGAAGAACCUGGUCUUGGACUUUUAUUUUUAUAUGGAAAGUUGUAAAGACUUGGGCCAACUAAGUCUACCCACAAAGAAAAAAAGAAAUCUGCCUUAUAUCCCUUAUGCACAACCAUGGGAAAUUGUUGGCUCACAGAAAGUCUGGCAAUAAAUGAUAUUAGCUAACA